UGGGCUGGAGGCGGGCCAGUUACUCAACACUGGAGAGACGGGUUUCUCCCCUCCUCGCCUGCCUGCCUGUCUGCACAGAACAGAGCAGAGGAACUGUGUCAUGUGUAAUUUAAUACCAGACGCAGGCUGACUGAGCCUCACUGCACACAGAGAGCCCCCUCAAAGCCUGAGAGGCAGGCAGGAGAGGCAGGCAGGAGAGGCAGGCAGGCUAAGCAGGCAGACUUCCAGGGUCCGGCUCAGCCCUCCAUGACAGGACAAAGAGCAGGGGAUGAGGGACCGACCAGAGCCCUAGUGGAGGACCGACCAGAGCCCUAGUGGACCCAUCAACCGCUCCCUCUCCCCUUGGCCAGCUGUAACCAGCCUUCCCUGGCACCAGCAGAAACCCAAGGCCAUCUCUGAUUGCACAAGGCCAUCCCUCUCCCCCUCCCUCCCUCCCUCUUCUUCCAGUCUUGCCGCUCCCACGUCUCCCAGUGGUGGCGUUGGGGCUCCCAGGAUGCGGCUGAUCAGCGCUCUGCUGCUCCUCCUGAUCCUCAGGUCCGCUGAGCCCAGGAAGGGUGGACGGAACAGAGAACGGGGCAGGGCCCGGGGUAAAGGCAGGGCCAAUGCUGUCAAACGCCAAACCUCUGAAUGCAAGGAAUACAUGGAGGCCGGAGAGAAAUACCUGGACUGUCAGGACCGCCAGCUGACCGGGGUGCAACAGCACUGGCCUGAAGACAUCCACCACCUCCUGCUGGCCCGCAACAAGAUCCAGGUGCUCAGAGACAACACCUUCUCCCAGUUCAAGAACCUAAAGAGUCUGGAUCUACAACAGAAUGAGCUCUACAUGGUGGAGGAGGAGGCGUUCGCAGGGCUGGGACAGCUCACUACUCUGCUUCUUCAGCACAACAAGAUGAAGACAGCUUCUGAGGAGCACCUGCUGCCCUUGCCAAGCCUCCGCUACCUGCGUCUCUAUGACAACCCCUGGGACUGCCGGUGCUCGCUGGAUAGCCUGGUCAGGACCCUGCAGGUGCCCAGCAACCGUAACCUAGGGAACUACGCCAAGUGUUCGGAGCCGGACUCGCUGAGAGGUCAGAAGCUGAAGAAGAUGAGGCCGGAGCUGCUGUGUCCUGAGGAUGGGGAGGGCCAGCAGCCAGGGAAGACACCUCAGGAGGGGCAGGGUAGUCUGCCCAAACCACCUCCCAUCAAGAAGUACCCUGAUGCCAACUCCUUGUGCCACACCUACAUGUUCCCCAAACCCAUGCUGGACUGCAAGAGCAAAGAACUGAAGAACAUCCCCUCAAGUCUCCCGUCAGACAUUGUGAGGAUGGACUUGUCCAGUAACAGCAUCACUCAGCUCCGGCCCAAGGAGUUUGUUGCUGCCAGGGACCUGAAGCUUCUCAACCUCAGCAGUAACAAUCUGGAUCAGAUCGACACUGCUGCAUCCACUGGGCUCCUGUACCUGUCCAGUAGGAAUUUCUUCCAACGUCCUCUCUCCUUGUCCCCCUCUUCAGCUGCAUCCACUGGGCUCCUGUACCUGUCCACUGCGUUUGCGGGGCUCCUGUACCUGCGAGAGCUGGACCUGUCCAACAACAGCCUGCACUACUUCAAGUACGGAGUGUUGGAGGACCUGUACUUCCUCAGGAUGCUGAAUCUGGGGGAUAACCCCUGGGUCUGUGACUACAACAUCCACUACCUGAUCUACUGGCUGAAGCAUCACCCCGGGGUGGCCUACUCUGGCCUAAUCUGCACCGAGCCUCAGGAGUUCAGGGGCUGGCCCGUGGAGAAUUAUGUCAAGACCUACAAUGGAGAGUGUCCCAAGGAUAAGGAUCCACAACCAGGGAAGGGUGAUACAGGACAGGGACAGACGGCUCAGGAGCUCGUGGCCGAGACAGAGGAGGCGGAGAUGGAGCUGCUGCCGAAGCCUCUGAGAGACCCCAGACCAAAGAAAUAUGAGGUCACCAGGUUGACUUAAUAGGACAGAGUUGGAAAUUAGAAGAGAACUGUUGUUGUUGUUUUAUAUUAUCGCAGAACAUUCCAAUUCAGUCUGUAUCAGAUUUUUUUUUUACUUUCGAAUUCCCAACAGCAUAACCAAUGCAGGACAGUUGGAUUCCCACCAGCAUAACCAAUGCAGAACAGUUGGAUUCCCACCAGCAUAACCAAUGCAGAACAGUUGGAUUCCCACCAGCAUAACCAAUGCAGGACAGUUGGAUUCCCACCAGCAUAACCAAUGCAGAACAGUUGGAUUCCCACCAGCAUAACCAAUGCAGAACAGUUGGAUUCCCACCAGCAUAACCAAUGCAGAACAGUUGGAUUCCCACCAGCAUAACCAAUGCAGGACAGUUGGAUUCCCACCAGCAUAACCAAUGCAGGACAGUUGGAUUCCCACCAGCAUAACCAAUGCAGGACAGUUGGAUUCCCACCAGCAUAACCAAUGCAGGACAGUUGGAUUCCCACCAGCAUAACCAAUGCAGGACAGUUGUUGCUGUUUUCGUUACAAGAAUAUUUCGUUGUGGAUAUACUUUUUUGAAAAAGUAGAGGUUGAUAUAUUUUUACGAUAUCCAAUUGGUAGUUACAGUGUUGUCCCAUCGUUGCAACUCCCCGUACGGACUAGGGAGAGGCGAAGGUCGAGAGCCAUGCGUCCUCCAAAGCACCAAUAUGUCAGAGGAAACAUCAUACAGCUGGUGACCGAAGUCAACAUGCAUGCGCGCAGCCACCACAAGGAGUCACUAGAGCACAAUGGGACAAGGACAUCCCAGCCGGCCAAACCCUCCCUAACCCAGACAAUUGUGCGCCGCCUCAUUGUCGCGGCCGGCUGCAACACAGCCCGGGAUCAAACCCAGAUCUGUAUUGACUCCUCUAGCACUGCAAUGCAGUGCCUUAGACCGCUGCGCCACUCGGGAGGCCCGAGGUAGAUUUUUUCUAAAUGUAUGAUUUAGACAAUCUGUUCAUGAAAUAAAAGCCGUUUUUUUCUGAAA